UUCCUCUCUCUCUCUCUUCACGGAAAAGGGGAGUGAGAGAAUUUUUCAGCCAAGAUGUCAGGGUGGGACGAAGGAGCUGUGUACUACAGCGACCAGGCGCAAUUCCCGGAAUCGGGAUCCGAUGCGGCGGCCGCAACUCCAAGCCGCCACACUAUCCUCCGUAAACUCAAGGAAUUCAUCCGAAACUUUGAGGCUGAUAAAAAUGUUUUCCCUUACCGCGAAAGUCUCGUCAAUAAUCCCAAAUCUCUUCUUGUCCACCUCGAAGACCUCCUCGCUUUCGACGCCGAGCUUCCAUCCCUCCUCCGGUCCUCUCCCUCCGAUUACUUGCCCUUGUUCGAGACGGCGGCAGCGGAGGUGUUGCAGAGUCUGAGGUUGAAGGAGCAAGGAGAGAGCGGGGAAAUGAAGGAGCCGGAGACGAGAGAAGUGCAGAUUUUGUUGAGUUCGAAGGAGGAUCCUGUUUCAAUGCGAUUGCUCGGGGCUCAAUACAUUUCAAAGCUGAUUAAGAUAGCUGGGAUUACUAUAGCUGCUUCAAGAGUUAAGGCAAAGGCAACGUAUGUGAGUUUAGUGUGUAAGAAUUGUCAAAGUACAAGGGAAGUUCCAUGUCGUCCAGGCCUUGGUGGGGCAAUUGUGCCACGUUCGUGUGACCAUGUUCCUCAGACUGGUGAAGAACCAUGCCCUAUUGAUCCUUGGAUUGUGGUUCCAGAUAAGAGCAAGUAUGUUGAUCAGCAAACCUUGAAAUUGCAGGAGAAUCCUGAGGAUGUCCCUACUGGGGAGCUUCCUAGAAACAUGCUUCUCUCAGUGGAUCGGCAUCUUGUUCAAAAAAUUGUACCUGGCACACGAUUGACCAUCAUUGGGAUUUAUAGCAUCUUUCAAGCAGCCAAUUCAUCAGCCUCCCAGAGAGGAGCAGUUGCGGUUAGACAGCCUUAUAUCAGGGUAGUUGGAAUAGAAGAAAUAAACGAGGCCAGUUCUCGAGGUCAUGCAGCUUUCACUGUAGAAGAGGUAGAAGAAUUCAAAAAAUUUGCCUCGAGAACAGAUGUAUAUGAAGUCAUAUGCUCCAAGAUUGCUCCCUCUAUAUUUGGAAAAGAGAAUGUGAAGAAAGCUGUGGCUUGUCUUUUAUUUGGAGGAUCGAGGAAGAGUUUGCCAGAUGGUGUAAAGUUGAGAGGUGAUAUUAAUGUGUUGCUUUUGGGUGACCCAUCUACUGCUAAAUCACAGUUUCUCAAGUUUGUUGAGAAGACCGCUCCUGUGGCUGUAUAUACUUCUGGAAAAGGCUCGUCAGCUGCUGGUCUUACAGCUUCUGUUAUACGAGAUAGCAGCACACGUGAAUUUUAUCUUGAAGGAGGAGCCAUGGUUUUGGCCGAUGGAGGUGUUGUCUGUAUAGACGAGUUUGACAAAAUGAGGCCAGAGGAUAGGGUGGCUAUUCAUGAAGCCAUGGAACAGCAAACAAUAUCUAUUGCGAAAGCAGGAAUAACUACCGUUCUCAAUUCUAGGACAUCAGUGCUUGCGGCUGCCAACCCUCCAUCAGGUCGUUAUGAUGAUCUCAAGACUGCACAGGAGAAUAUUGAUUUACAGACAACCAUCCUUUCUAGAUUUGAUUUAAUCUUCAUUGUGAAGGAUAAAAGAGACUAUGGUCGAGACAAGAUUAUUGCUAGCCAUAUCAUAAGGGUACAUGCAUCUGCUGAUAGAACAUCGAGCAAUGGCAGAGCACCUAAAGAAGAGAAUUGGCUGAAAAGGUACAUACAAUACUGUCGAACUGAAUGCCAUCCCCGGCUGUCAGAAUCUGCAUCCAGUAGACUGCAGAAUGAGUAUGUCAGGUUCAGACAGGAUAUGAGAAAGCAGGCAAAUGAAACUGGGGAGGCUUCUGCAGUACCCAUUACAGUAAGGCAGCUGGAAGCUAUCAUAAGAUUGAGUGAGGCUCUUGCAAAGAUGAAAAUGUCCCAUGUUGCCACUGAAGCGGAUGUGAUUGAAGCAGUAAAUCUUUUUAAGGUUUCUACUGUCGAAGCAGCACAGUCUGGAAUAAAUCAACAAGUGACUCUCACUCCUGAGAUAAAGCAAGCAGAAACUCAGAUUAAGAGAAGAUUAGGAAUCGGAAUGCGCAUAUCAGAAAGAAAGCUGAUUGAUGAACUUGCCAGAAUGGGAAUGAAUGAAUCAAUUGUGAGACGAGCUCUAAUAGUAAUGCACCAAAGGGAUGAAAUCGAAUAUAAGCAUGAAAGGCGUGUCAUUGUCCGGAAAGUAUAAUCUAUGCAGAAUUGAUGUUCGUGAUUGAAAGCAAAUUAUGAGAAGCUGCCGUUCAGUGAUGGUAACUACGAAGUUAACCUAAGCAUGACUCAUGUAUUUUGUUGGCAUCAUUAUGGUUCAGCAAUAAUCCUGGCAACAGGUUAAUCAACAUAUGCAUGUGCAAAUGUAGAAUUGGCAGAAGUAAAAGGAGAUUAACGAAGCAGUAAUUGACUGUCUAUUGAUUUGAAUUAGAGAAUUUCUUUUUGUAAAACAUGCUAGUGAACUUGUAUUACUGAUUUGCCAAUCCUUUCUCA